AUGGAUCCGACUGGGACUGGCUCACAUGCCUAUGACAAGAAGUCUCGUGCGAAACAUGCUUGUCGGGUGUGCAAUUCGAGGCGAGUGCGCUGUAACGUCACCGAGAUCUAUCCCUGCUCCAACUGUGAGAUUGCCGGCACCAAGUGCGAAGUCUUACCGUCCAAGCGGGGCAGUCAUGCCGCGAGUCUAGAUCCCGCAUCACCGUCAAGACGUGACGACAGUUUGGCUGCAGACCCAGCGCCAGGUCCUGGCACAGACUUGGGUGACGAGAAUGCGAAUCGUCCAUCGUUCAAAUCCCCAUCGUCCACCUCGACGCCGGGCAAUCUGUUCUUUGGCGAAUCAAAUUUCCUCACACUGGUGCCGGGCCGAACUCAGGCAAACGGCGAGCGCUCGACGCAAGGCCGCGAACAUGGCCAGAAAACCCGCUUCGUCUUUCCCACGCCCUCGACUCCUCAGUCGCAGACUGGCGGGGCAUCGCCUGCGAGCAUCGCCCACCUGAGUGCUGGUACGACCCGCUACCUACGAGAUGAAGGGGCACUCACCUUUCCCGACCCCAAAACCUACCUGCCAGCCCUCGAGGCGUACUUUACCUGGUUCCAUCCGUGCUUCCCUGUUCUCGACCAUGCGGAUUUCGCGCAGCAGGUCUCGAAAUCGGUAGUUUCACCGAUGCUGCUCCAAGCUGUCUUGUUCAUUGGUGCUACAUAUUGUGGCGAUGAAACUAUCGCUAUGAUGGGCUUCAAGGACAGAUCCGAAGCCAAAUCACUCCUGUACACACGAGCCCGACUGCUGUUUCACGCCGAUUGGGAGAAGGACGAGAUUACCCUUUUACAGUCCCUCUUUCUCCUCAGCUUCUGGCGGGGUGGGCCGUCGGAUGUGAGGGAUGUACGGUACUGGCUUGGAGUCGUCAUUAGCCUGGCCGAGUCAUACGGCUACCAUCGUUUGUCACGUCUGAGAAGGAGGCUAUGGUGGUCUAUCUACGACGCCGACGAUGGAGGGACGUCGGUGUGGGCCUCUCUCCUCCACUUAUCUUACAAGAUCACGAGCGUCUUUGCAGCCUUGUGCAUACACGUCAUCUGUAUUAGAAGGGGAGCCAACGUCUCGCGACGGAUAGCUGAGACACGCGCUCAAAUGUGCCUCCUUGGUCUCAAAGAGAUACAGAAAUACUGGAGGAUUAACAUCAACGUGCUCGACCUGUUCCUCCAGUAUCUCGAUGAAUCGAUCGCCAAGAGGCUUCACGGUGAUCAACACGAGACCUCUCUUCAUAGUUCGACGAUUGUUGAUGCUGCCAACCAAGUAGCCUCUGAUAUCGACACGGCAGACUCAGGUGUCAGGGCUCCAACCUCUGAUGCAGGCCCCGACAACCUGGCGCAGGUUCGCCCCCACGAAUCUUACGAGGACCCCUACUUCGCCCUGCUUAACGGCUGGGAUGGUGAUCAUUCGCUAGCGGACAUCGGUCUGUUUUUGCAGUCGGAUGAUUUCAUGCAGGCCGAGGGUCUUACAUUUCUUGAAAGAUCGCUGUAA